AUGGCAUCCAGAGAUGUCGGCGUCGAAGAGCGCGUUCCUUUCCUAGCUCCCGAGUCAUCAACCACCCAGGAAUCCAUGACCAUCGAAGAGAAGACCUUGGCCCCCGCCCCCAAAACAGACACUUUUCUUCUGGUUCUAGGCCUCAUCAAUUACCACUGGAACAACAUCCUUCAAUAUCGUCCCCGAUGGACAAUCAAAAGCCCAAGACAUGUCCUCAUCCUCGCACUGAAACUUGGGUCGUGGCUAGUACCAAGCUUCCUACAACCAGGUCCCCCAUCUUCAGACGAGCUCCACGAAACUGCAUACCUUGACGGACUACGCGGAUAUGCUUCUUACGCUGUGUUCUUCUCCCACGUCAUUAGCGCAUAUUGCAACGAAGGCUGGCAUCCAUACGGCGAGGGUAAUAAUAAUCACUUCGUCCAAACCGACCACUGGUUCCAACGCCCUAUUUUCCGCAUGGUCUACAACGGCCAAGCAGCCAUCACCAUCUUCUUCGUGCUAUCGGGCUACGUGCUAAGCUACAAACCGUACAAACUUAUCCACGCCCGCGAAUUCGAAAAGUUGCAGGGAGCGCUUACGUCCACGAUCUUUCGCCGCUGGUCAAGAUUGUUCCUGCCGGUUGCGGCAUUAUGGGUCAUCAACAUCUUCCUAGUCGAGUUCAAUGCCUUCCAGUGGUUCGCUAUCUACAGAAUUGACAACCCCGGCAUGCCUCCGGGCAUGAUUGAAGAGUAUCUCGAGCGCGGGGAUUCCUUUUGGGGAACGGUGUACAAUGCAUUCAAGGACUAUUUCGAAUUCGCACGCGCAACACUGUGGCAAUGGAGUGGGACAGGCAUGCUUCCCAAAGUCGACGGACAUACUUGGACCCUGCAUGUGGAGUUCAGAUCCAGUUGUGUUCUCUUUCUAUGUCUACAGGGGACAUCCCAGAUGCAGCCGAAUCUGCGACUUGCGUUUUUCAUGCUGUCGUCUGCUACCGCUCUUUUCUGGGGUGAGUGGGCAAUUGCAACAUUCCUGGCGGGGUCCGCGCUUGCGGAUUUGGAUUUGCGGAUGCGUCGAAGAAGGGGUCAGUCGAGAUCUUCUCCGGACGAAUUUUCUAGUGGCCUCUCUCUUGGCUCUCUUCGCAGUGACUGUCGAUCGACGAAUAUUACGGCCCUGAAAGAACGGGCCAUGUCUUUCGUUGAGGCUCAGGGAGAUCAGUUGUUCUGGGCCGUGAUUUUCGUCUGGGCUCUGCUGUUCUUGUCCUAUCCAACAGUUGGGGCGGAAAGAGUGGCAUUCUACAGUCUUCUAUCAUACUGGUCUCCAUCCGCGGCAUGGGAUCUCUUCUUCUGGCUAGCAGUCGGAGGGAUUCUCCUCGUUUUCGUCGCAGGACGUCUUCGGAUUCUUCAGCGGGGCCUGGAAACUCCGUUCUCGCAGUAUAUCGGCAAGACUUCCUUUGCUUUGUAUCUGGUGCAUGGAACGGUCAUCAAGACGUUGGGACAUUAUGUUGUUAUUAACAGCUGGUUGCAUAUUACUGGAUAUUCAGGAUGGGGAUAUGCGAUGGGGAUUGUAGGCCCGUUCUUAUUGCUCAUUGCUCCUGUAACCGUCGUGGCUACGGAUUGGUUCUGGCGUGGUGUCGAUAUACCGACUGUGAGGUUUGGGAAAUGGCUGGAAAGUAUUUGUCUGGAUAAAACUUUAUAG